AGAAAAACCACUGACAGAGUCGGAAUUCAACCUGACACCCUUUUGGUCAGGGUGUUGAUAGCAGUCCAAAUUGGAGUGGCUGCAGUACUCCUGGAGUGGCAGAUGUAGUUCUGUCGGUGCAGUGAUCCUGUAGAAGGGUGUAGUCUUCCUCUGAAGAUCCAGUGGAAAACCCCAAGCUGUUCCUCUUGGAAACCUCUGUCCUUGGAACAAACAUGGCUUUUCCACGCAGGAACGGGCGUGUGCGCCGGCCCUGCGAUGCGCCAAAGCAGCUUGCACCGGGGUUGGUGCACUACAGCGUUAAACUUCAAUUUGGUGCCCGGCCUCUUAAGAUCCGCAUGUUUAAAUGCCCUAUUCACUGAAUUUAUUAGAUCCCAGCUAAAACCAGGUGUUUUAGUAAGUAUAUUAGCAGGCAAAUGAUGCCAGCAAUGUCCUUGCGAGCAGGACAGCCUGCCGGCAUGGCCCCACUCGGAUCCACCUCCGCAUGGCAGCUGCCGCCGCUCCUGCUGACUCGGCGAGCGCGGUAGCGAAGCUCACACGCGGCCUGACGACAGCGGAAGCCGGGUGGCUGCCGGGCCGGGCCGGGCCGGCAGCGGAGCAGAGGCGGUGCCGCUCCGCCCGCGGCGCCCCGCGCUGCCCUGCCCAUCCCAGGACAUCCCAGCCCUGCGCGCUCCUGUGUGCGGGAGCAGCAGGGGAGCCGCGUCGGCCAGUUCCACCAGCAUGUCCGCUCGCUGCUGCGCCGGCCAGUUGGCCUGCUGCUGUGGUAUUGCUGCUUGUUCCUUGUGCUGCAAAUGCUGCCCCAAGAUAAAACAGUCAACCAGCACCCGCUUCAUGUACGCGCUUUACUUCAUCCUGGUGACCAUCAUCUGCUGUGUCAUGAUGUCCACGACAGUAGCUAAUGCAAUGAAAACUCAUAUUCCCUUCUACAAGCAGAUGUGCAAGGGUAUUCAGGCAGGUGAGAUGUGUGAGAAGUUGGUGGGAUACUCUGCAGUGUACAAAGUCUGUUUUGGAAUGGCCUGUUUCUUCUUUUUAUUCUUCUUGUUCACCAUCAAAAUUAAUAACAGCAAAAGUUGCCGAGCAUACAUUCAUAAUGGAUUCUGGCUUAUUAAACUUAUAAUUCUGGCAGCAAUGUGCUCAGGAGCCUUCUUCAUUCCUGAUCAGGACACUUUUCUCAAUGCCUGGCGCUAUGUAGGAGCAACAGGAGGGUUCCUUUUCAUUGCUAUUCAGCUCAUCUUGCUGGUUGAGUUCGCACACAAGUGGAAUAAAAAUUGGACUGCAGGUGCAAACCACAAGCAGGUGUGGAAUGGUCUGCUUGCCUUGGUCACUCUCAUCCUGUACUCCAUUGCUGUAGCAGCUCUGGUCCUCAUGGCUCUUUUCUACACACGCCCAGAGGGCUGCAUGUACAACAAAAUCCUGAUCGGAGUGAACGGUGGCCUGUGCCUCUUUGUGUCCCUGGUGGCCAUAUCGCCCUGUGUCCAGAACCGCCAGCCCCAUUCUGGCUUGCUGCAGUCAGGAGUCAUCAGCUGCUAUGUCAUGUACCUCACUUUCUCAGCACUAUCCAGCAAACCACCAGAAACUAUCCUGGAUGAAAACAACCAGAAUAUCACAAUCUGUGUACCUGAAUUCAGUCAAGGCCUGCACAGAGAUGAAAACCUGGUUACUGGCUUGGGUACUACGAUUCUGUUUGGCUGCAUUUUAUAUUCUUGUUUGACCUCAACAACACGUGCAAGCUCAGAGGCACUGAGAGGAAUAUAUGCAACAGCUGAAACUGAAGUAGCUCGUUGCUGCUUUUGCUGUGUACCUGAUGGAGACGCUGAUGCUGAAGAGCAUGUUGAAAAAAGGGGAGGCCAGACUGUGGUUUACGAUGAGAAGAAGGGCACAGUGUACAGUUAUGCCUACUUCCACUUCGUUUUCUUCCUGGCUUCUCUCUAUGUGAUGAUGACAGUAACUCAUUGGUUCCAUUAUGAAAGUGCUCAGAUUGAAAAAUUCUUCACUGGAACCUGGUCUAUCUUCUGGAUUAAGAUGGUCUCCUGUUGGGUUUGUGUCUGUCUGUACUUAAUGACUCUUACUGCCCCACUCUGUUGCCCAGCCAGAGAAUUCUCAGUGUGAACAGUCUAAAGGUCAUUUUAAGUUUUUCUCUUUUUUUUUUUGUUUUUUUUUUUUUUUUUUUGUUUUUUUUUUUUUUUUUUUGUUGUUUUUUUUUGUUGUUGUUUUUUUGUUUUUGUUUUUGUUUUUUUUUGAAUGAGGAAACAUCGAUUACUCACUUAUCAUAAUGUACCAGUUAUUACCUUUUCAGUAAGAUGUAACCAAAUAAUUGAAGAUUUUUUUUACCAUUUUUUAUUGUCAUGAGCAAGCAUUGCCUAAGGGAACAAAUCUGUUUUGAAACUUUACAAUGCUUAUGUGUGGUGUGUAGAAAACACAGUUGUCGCAUAAACUGGAAUAAGUGAAAUAUUCUUCAAAUAACCGACAAUCUUGCUCUGGCAUCACUGACAAGAAAAGAAAAGCUCAUGGUGCAGAUGGUAUCUUCUUACUUCCCAGGAAUGUUUGGUAUCUUCCAGCAAAUACUUUGCUUUUUAUACUUGGUCAUUAACUGUUUCUUUUACAGUUUGCAGUGAUGAUUUGGACUGCUGUUCUGUACAGCAUAUAAUUCUUUAAGUAGUAUCAAGAUAAUUUUUUUCCAAAACCAUAUCUAAAAAAAUCUGUAGAAAUAAGAGAAUAUAUAAAAUUUGACUG